CAAGAAGGCGAAUCUGGCAAUGUGGACGUGAGGGAGAAGCCUUCGCUGCAUUUGGUGAAGGAAGACUGCAGAGAAACAUGGAUGGCUCUCAUGGGGGCGAUGAUCGGAUGGAUAUUGGGGAUCCGACUCACAACCAUCAUCCCAUGCAAGCGCAUCACCGGCAUCAUCAUGGGUUGCAGGUGCAACAGCAUUUGAGCAAUGGGAAUGAUAUGAAUGAUGAUCGUGAUCGUGAUCGUGAUCGUGACAGCGGCGGCGCCGGGGAGGGCAUCGAAGGGGAUGUCCCUUCCGAUGCCGGAAACGAUUCGGACAAUCGCGGGUCUUUGUUGGAUCAUGGAGGAGGUGACGAUGGGGACCAGCUCACUCUUUCUUUCCAAGGUCAAGUUUAUGUUUUUGACUAUGUGCCGCCCCAAAAGGUACAAGCCGUUCUGCUAUUACUCGGGGCAAGGGAAAGGACACCUAAUCCACCUGCUGUCCCAGUAGCCACCAACCAAAACCAGGAUCUUAUGGGUACUCCUCAAAGGUUGAAUGUCCCCCAGAGGCUGGCUUCACUGAUUCGAUUUCGUGAAAAGAGAAAAGAACGGAAUUUUGACAAGAAAAUUCGCUAUGCAGUCCGUAAAGAGGUGGCACUUAGGAUGCAAAGAAACAAGGGUCAGUUUUCAUCUUCAAAAUCCAACAAUGAUGAAUCUUCUUCAGCUGUGACAACAUGGGAAUCAAACCAGAGUUGGGAACCUGAGAAUAACGGGUCUCAGCAUCAAGAUAUCCUAUGUCAUCACUGUGGGAUUAGUGAGAAAUCUACUCCCAUGAUGCGACGUGGCCCUGAAGGACCAAGGACCCUUUGCAAUGCAUGUGGAUUGAUGUGGGCAAACAAGGGAACUUUAAGGGAUCUUUCGAAGGCAGCCCAUCCAGGUGGACAAGUUUCUUCCUUAAACAGGAACGAGAUGCAGAGCGCAAACCUGGGGGCUGAUUGAAUGGUCCUUAGAAUCGCAGAAAAUGCUAGUGAUUCAUCAUGAGUACAUUCUUUGGCUCAAUCAGCAAAAAGAUAUCGAUGUUAGAAAUUUUGAGGGAGCACACUAGAAGGUUUGUAAGAGACUUCCUUUUAGAUUAUGAGAUACUUAGUUUACUGCGUAGGAUGUUUUUUCUGGCUUUCCAGAUGGAUGCAGGUCUUGGAAAGUUUCCUUAUAUGCCAGCUAAGCGACCUCUGGGUUUUGGGAUUGUAUUCCUGUUGUUAGGUUAGAGAGGAACCGCAAAUUUCCCUCUUUUUGUAUAUCUUGACCCAAACUGCGUGGAAUAAGCGAGAUAGUUCUUUGCAGUCUUCUCCAUAUUUUCAUUACUCGAAAGAGCCCUUUUGUGUUAAGUGGCUGAACAGUAUUGUUAUCGCUUGCAGAUCCUACGCCUCUACUUAUAAUUCUCGAACUUUUUUUUUUUUAUAUUUAAAUUCUGAAACUGGCUGGA